AUGGAAGUUUUGAAUAUGGGCUUUGAACCUUAUGCAGUGAUUGUGAAUGGAAUAUGCAAGCAACUCUGUUUAAAGGUGUUCCCUGAGAUGUCCACUGUUACUCGUGCUAUUGAAAUUUGUAACAUUGUAGAACCUGUGGAAUCCAGGACCAAUGAGCCUAUUGAAUGGGCAUGUCUGAAACGGGACCAUAAAGUAUAUGCAUUUUUGGCUCAAGGUAUUGCCUCCUUCCCAAGAAAAGAAUGCUUGUCUGAGGCACUUGGUGCUUCAAGCACUGACAAUUACCCAGAUGAAAGCAUUAGAAUACCCCGGAACCAAGUGACAGAAUUGGUCAGAGACCUUCUUACUGGUCGAGCAAGGAAAAACUUGAUUUGCAUUAUCAGUGUACUUUCAGUUUGGUUCCCCCAUAUAUCCAGCAAAGGCUGUAAGACUUUUGAUGGGGGAUUUGUAUUGCUGGAGAAUUGUUUGCAAAAGUUCAAGCUGCCAGAACCUGUCCUCUGUAUUGGAGGGAUUCUGCAAGUCCAGCUAUUGGGUAGAGUGCAGAAACAAGAAAUAGAUAGUUUGUAUUACAUAUGCGAGAGGGAUUUUUCUCGCAUUCACAGGUUUGGUGCAAGUAUAAGAGGUUGGGAGCACAUGAUCCUCAACACAUUACCCGGUGCUAGAGGGAUUAUGGUAAAUGACUACGACUACGACGGCGAGGACGAUGAUUCAGAUGACCAGUAUAACUAA